AUGAAAAAUGCCCAUGGAGAAAAUUGGGAAGAGGAGCACCCAGAUUUAGAUGGACAAAUCGUCUAUGAAGCAGUAGGUAGAAUGCCACAUGGCAGGCUGGGAAUUGCUAAUGAGUUAUUUAGCAAAGCAGAGAAGGCGAAGUUUAAGUCUAAAAGGGUGAUGGCCUCACAACCGGUGCGGUCUGCUAGGGAGGACCGUCUAGAAAGAGAGAACAAACAAUUGAAGCAGGAGAACAAGUGUCUUCGAGGCAUUGAGAUUGUUGUGCAAUCAUUGGCUGAGAAAGGGGGAGUGGACUUUGAUGGCAUAAUGCAAUCAGCUGCGGUUGACUUGUCUACAUCAGAUUCGGAAGGCGGAAUUCAUAGGGGACGAGGUGAUGUGCAUCAAAGCGAACCUGAAAAGGGAAUGGGAAGCAGGAUUGGAGGCAGUACCAGUCAUGGAGAUGAUGAUGAUGAUGACUACUAUGGCAGCGAGGGAGAUGAUGACUAUGACAAGAAUGGUCUAUAUGGUGAUGAGCCAUACUAUGGUGGUGAGGGAUAUAAUGACUAUGAAGAUGAGGAAUAUAAUGAGUAUGGCAAUGAUAAUGAUGAUUGGCCAUAAAAGUCAAGUGAUCUUCAA